AUGACCGAUACUGGAAGUGAUCACAAAUAUGAUGAUGACGAUGAUGAAAAUUCAGCAGAAUACUCUGACAAUCUGAUUGAUGUUGGCAAAAAACUCUUGACUGAAUAUGUUACACCGGCAUUCAAUCUAUCUCCAGUGGACGUAAGUUCACCUAUUGGUGGAGUUAACUUAAAUGCAGGACUAGAUGGAACUGGUAUUAACACAUCAUUGGAACAUUUUAAACUCGACUCAAAAUCAUCAUGUUUAGAAAAUAUAAAUGAUACUGCAAAAGAAUACUCACUUGGCAUCGCUACAUCUACACUUGAACACUCAUCACCAGAUAUAAGUUAUUCUAUUGGUGGGGUCGAUAUUAAUGCUGGGUUAGAUAGCCUUGAUAUUAAUACACCUUUGGAAGAUUUUAUACUCGAUCCAACAUCAUCAUUCUUAGAAAAUGUAAAUGAUAUUGCAAAAGAAUACUUGAUCGAUAUGGCUACAUCUACACUCAGUUUAUCAUUACCAGAUGUAAGUAUAUCUAUUGGUGGGAUCGACUUGAAUGUUGGUUUAGAUGAGAUUGAUAUCAAUACACCAUUAGGAAAUUUUAAACUGGAUCCCAAAGCAUCAUGUACUGAAAAUUUAACAGAUGCUGUAACAGAACUGUUGGACAACAGUGUUAAUGAAGAUAUCGAUAACUUUUGGUCUGAUUUUAAUGACGCUGCACGUAUAGAGAUAGACAGUUCAAUUUAUUCGGAUGGCACAACUUCUCUUUUAUCAUGUCAAAUUAAUGCAGAUACGACUAUUGGACAAGACGGCGUUGAAGCAAAUGCUCAAGCAGAUGGAUCUCUUUCUAAAUACAAAUUAUCUAAUACUGAUAUUAGUUUUGGUGAAGGACAAAUUUACGUAAAGGCAUCCAUCAGAGCAGAUGGAGUACAGUAUAUGAUUGGUGGAGAGUUAAAUGCUGUGUCUCUAAAGAAUGAAAAUAUUCAAGCAAAUAUUGGAUUGAGCGUUAAAACUGGAGUUGACUUAACAGCAUUUAAUGCUGGUGUAUCUGUUGUUGGAUUUGGAGUCAACGUGGGAACAGAGGAGAUCGGUAUAAGUACACCUAUCGGAGGCUUUAAUACGAAAUUCUAA